UUAAUGGAAAUUGACGUUUGAGAGAGGAAGUGUUGUUCUAGUGUUCGAUCAACGGGAGUUGCGAAGAGUGUUUCCCUUCAGUCAACAUACCACAUCCAGAUUAAUACCAUGGUCACAGAAGGGGAGCCUACAGAUUUGGUGAAAGUGCUGCACCUGCUGGUGCUGUCCUUUGCAUGGGGAAUGCAGUUGUGGGUCUCCUUUAUAGCAGGUGUUGCACUGGUGAAGCAGGUAACACGGCACACCUUUGGGCUGGUGCAAAGCAAGCUGUUCCCUGUCUAUUUCUAUUGCCUACUGGSCAGUAACUUUGUCAGCCUUGCUGUGUAUGCAGUCUACCACCCCAGAGAGRUGCUGGAUUGGCACGAAAGCCUGCAGAUGGCUCUGUACUUUGUGGCAGUCAUCAUGGCAGGUCUAAACGCACAGUGGUUUGGCCCGUCUGCCACAGAGGUCAUGUUCAAGCUGCGGGAAGUGGAGCAGGAGCAUGGUCUGGGGAACCAAAUAGGGAUAGGGAGCCAGAGGGAAGCCUACGCCAAACUCAGGGASCAGGACCCCAAGUACAAGGCCUARAAGAGCACCUUUGGCCACUAUCAUGGCCUGUCCAACCUAUGCAACCUGAUUGGGUUUAUCUGCACAACCACCAACAUAGUGUACACAGCUCUCAAUUUACACACCAUUUAGAGAUUGUGUAUAUGUAGCGUUUGGUGACAGGUUUUCACAUUGUCUUUCAAUGAGGGGAUGUAUGUAUCAAGUGUCUCAGAGUAGGAAUGCUGAUGUAGGAUUUUUUUACUUUAAAUCACAAUAAAUAAGAUUCCAUAGGUUUCUGAUCUGAACAAUCAGAUCAGCUCUGGAAUAAAAAUCUGAAAAGAUCUGAUGUGAUUGGUCAAGACCAAUUAGUGGGAAAAAAAUAUCAGAAUUGGCUACUUGUGUAAACACAGCUUUAGGCAUAUUACAUAUGGGRCUGAUCUUAGUUCAGCACUCCUAAUGAGACGCUUGAUGCAUUCGGCUCCCGAACAUAACGCUUAACCAUAUUUUUAAAAUGUGCCUUUUUAAUCUAAUUGUUUCACCUGUCAAUAGAAAACAUAGCACACAAUGUCAAAAGAUUUCAACGUAUUUUUGGUCUUUCCCUUGUCAAACCGGGAAAGGAUGAAUGUAAUAAAAUAAAAUA